AUGCAAAAAAUUAUUCUGUGGAAUGGAGAUUUGACGAGACUGAAUGUUCAUGCUAUUGUCAACACAACAAAUGAACACCUCAACGAUAGAAAUAAUGAAAGUGAUGGAAUAUUAAAGGCCGGGCCUGAACUGUAUAAAGAAAUAUCCAAUAAUAUAAGAGUUUGCAAGACAGGCGAGGCAAAGAUUACAAAAGGCCACAACCUUCCUGCACGUUAUAUCAUCCAUACAGUCGGCCCCCGGUUUAACAUCAAGUACGUGACGGCGGCUGAGAGCGCCCUGUACAAUAGCUACAGGAACACAUUACAAUUGUGCAGGGAAUACAACGUACACUCCAUAGGUCUCUGUUGUAUUCACACCAGCAGGAGGGGUUACCCAUCUGAGAGUGGUGCACACAUUGGAAUCAGGACGACCAGACGCUUCCUGGAGAAGUAUGGUGACGAUCUAGACACAGUUGUGUUUGUGUGUUCAGAGGAGAACGUGGAUGUGUACAAGGGAUUAUUGCCCUUGUAUUUCCCUCGCAAUAUCCGAGAAGAGAAGUACGCUGAAGAACUGCUGCCUCGGGACAUAGGGAAUGAAAAUGGUGAACCUGUUAUCAAAGACAGACAGAUUCGCAUUUUGGACAAACCUGCAUUUGCAGCUCUCAAGGCAGAAGGAAGAGAAGACUUUGAAGAGACCAUUGACCUAAAUCGGGCAUUUGAGCAAUCAACAGCACUCGAUGUGGGUCAUCAUCCCUUUUCUCAAAUGGAAGAAAACCCUGAUAAAGUGAAGAAAACAAGUCUCUAUGGGAAGGGUAGUGACGAACAGAGGAAAAUAGAGAUGAAAAGGAGAUAUGACAGGUUCUUGAAGCGCUCCAAGACCGACGAUCUAACCGACAUAGCAGCCCUGAGAUGUUUGUAUCGGUCAGGAGUGGACCGUGUUGGCCGACCCGUGGUUGUGUUUGUUGGCAAGAACUUCCCUGCCAACAAUGUGGAUCCAGAGAGGGCCCUGCUCUACAUGGUGCGAGUGAUGGACCCUGUAGUGGAGAAGGACUAUGUGGUGGUGUACUUCCACACGCAGACAGACAGCAGCAACCACCCGGCUAUGAACUACCUCAAGUUUGCUUAUAGUUUAUUAGAUCGCAGAUAUAAGAAGAACCUAAAAGCCUUCUAUGUGAUACACCCCACCUGGUGGUCUAAGCUCGCAACAUGGUUUUUCACCACUUUUACGGCAUCAGACAUCAAGCCAAAGGUGCAUAACCUGCGUGGUGUCCAGUAUCUGUACACCAAGAUGAACCCUGACCAACUGGAUGUACCACCGUUUGUCAUGGACUAUGAUAUUCAGAUUAACGGUGUUCGCUACAGUGUUCCACCCGAGGACAGUCCAGAAGGACUUUGAUGAGAAGAUGUCCGUAGAGUCCCAGCAUCUCAAACUUUCUUCCAGUAAAUUGUUCAUUGAGCUAAACAUACAUGGAUGCAGAUGAAACUGAGAUUACUCACACACCAUCUUUUUAACUUCCACUUCAGUUUGACAAUACUGACUUUUGUUUCCGAUAGAUGAGAGUAUGGUAAUAUUUAUUUGUGUGAUAUUUUUGUAAUCAGUCCAUGAUAUAUUUGAUUUGCAAGCAGUGAAUGUUGGGCAAGUUUGAUCAACCCACUUCCAAUCAAUGAGAACAGUGAUCUCUGAUAAUGGAAAGACUUAUCUCUGUCAAUGAGAACAGUGAUCUUUUCUAAUGCAAACAAUGAGAACAGUGAUCUCUUAUAAUGGAAACACUUUUCUCUGUCAAUGAGAACAGUGAUCUCUGAUAAUGGAAACACUUAUCUCUGUCAAGGAGAACACUGAUCUGUCAAUACUUUGUUUAAUGAUGUUUCUGUUAAUUAGAAAAAUAUGAUAAAAUGAAAUGUGAAAGUCAAUGUGAUAGUUUCAUGCCACAUUUUGGAGGUAUCACCACUUUUUAGACAGUUUUCCAAUGUGUGGUAUAACUGGUACGUUCUAGUAUCACAAUAUCGUCAUUCCUCCAGCACUUCAAGAAACCCAAGGAUCAAGCCCUUGAAUUCAGCUUUUGUAAAUUGGGGUUUGUAUCACAGGCAAUAGCUUUAAGGUUUUGUUAGGUUUGUUAAGAUAUCUUACAUUUAAUUAGAAAAGUACGAUAAAAUGAAAUAUGAAUGUCACUGUCAUAGUUUCAUGCCACAUUGUGUAGGUAUCACAGCCACUUUGUGGACAGAUUUCUGGUAAAUUCCAAUACAGGGUACAACUGUGAAGGUUUAAUAUCACAAUAUCAUUGUUCCUUCAAAAAUUCAAGAAAACUUGGGAUCAAGCAGUUGAAUUGGAUCACAGGCAAUAUCUUUAUAGUUCACUGUUGAAAGGUGUUCUCUUUGUGUGUCUCAAUUUCAAUGCUAGUCAUAAGUCAGAAGCAGUGUUUUUGCUGAGACAUUUUAUUCACAGAUUAAUUA